AGUCGCGUUAACUUAUCAGUGUCACGAGUGGUCCCUUCUAAACUGUCUAAACAUCGCUAAACCGACCUCGGGCUCUUACUUUCCAUCUACCAAACACAACCGGUCAACGCUCUCUGCUAUAUCUGCCUACACCAGUACUACUACCACGCUUCGCGGCCGCAAUCCUGCAUGUCUGUUUUCUACAGAACAGACGCGGCUGAGGCGAAAUGUUCAAGUGCACUUUGCUCGUGAUGCUGUGCUCGGCACUGGUUGCAUCCCACAUGCUCGAUUUUUUCGAAGAUUGCGUAGAAAACGUGAACCAGCGAGAAAAGGCAGGCCAGUGCGUCCUAGCACCGCGAAGCUGGCUUCUCUCCAACACGUACCGAAAUUUCGCCCACCAAGUCCUGGAGAACGCCGCUCAUCAACCUGACAGAUGCAAUCUCAACACUCUUCUUCAUGUGACGCGAGCAGCAACUCACGUGUCGGAAGGCAUCGUAGUCAGAGUCGAGUUCACCACUGUCGAGAGCAUCUGCAACAGCUCUGUCGUCUAUUCCAGGGACCAGUGCCCGCCAGAUGGCAGUGAGGCGAAUGGACUGUGCCAGGCAAGGUUCCUGUUCACUGGUAACCUGACGCUGGAAGAUGCCCGGUGUUUCCCACGAACAUAUUGAUUAUAGUUUUCGCAAACGGAUGGGUAACAGAAUCAUGUGCACAAGACAUGAAAAUUGAUAUAGCGCAACUUAUACGUAAGCAUAUACAUAUCGAAUAAACUGCAAAUUGGA